GCAUCAGUGUCAUUCAAGGACGUGACUGUGGAGCUCACCCAGGAGGAGUGGCAGCACAUGGGCCCUGCUCAGAGGACCCUGUACAGAGACGUGAUGCUGGAGAACUACAGCCACCUUGUCUCAGUGGGCUACUGCAUUUUCAAACCAGAAGUGAUCUUCAAGUUGGAGCAAGGAGAAGAACCUUGGUUCUUAGAGGAGGAAUUCUCUAGCCAGAGAUACCCAGAAGAUUACAGGAUGAAGAGGACCAGGAAGAUCAAAGAUAAACACUUGCAGAAAGUAAUAUUUAUCAAUAAUAAAACAUUGACUAGAGAGGAAGAGAAAGUUUUUGAAAAAUCAUUUAUUCUACAUGUGAGUCCUAUUUCUUCAACAAAAAUGCCUUGUAAAUGUGACUCAUGGGGAAUGAAUUUGCAAAAUCUUUCUGAAUUUAUUGUUAAUAAUAGAAACUAUUCAGCACAGAAAGUUGUAUGUGAGAAUUUGCCUUUCAGUAUUAAAUUUGAGAGAACUCAUACUAGAGAAAAAUUUUAUGAAUAUAAUAAAAACAUGAAAGCUCUCACUGAUAAGGAAGAUCUUCCUGAUCAUCAAAAAUUUCAGGCUUUGGAGCAAGCUUUUGAAAGUAAUCAAUUUGGAAAUAACUUCUUUGAUGAGGCUGCUUGUAUUAUACGUAAGAGUUCUCACACAGGAAAGAAAUCCCAUAAAGAUGAUGAAUAUAGGAUAAACUGUGAUGAAACAACUAUAUUUGGUCACAAGAGAACUGGUAUAGGGGAGAAAAGUUCUAAUCUUAGCCAGUGUGGGAAAUCCUUCUGUGAGAAGCCAGGUGUUAUGGAAUACCAUAAAGUUCAUAUGGCUGUGAAAUACAAUGAAUGCUGUGAAAGUGGAAAUAAUUUCAGCAGAAACUCACACUUCACUCAACUUCAGAGAACUGUCACAGGAGAGAAUCCAUUUGUACAUAAUGGCAGAACACAAACUGGGGAUAAAUCCUUUGAAUAUGAUAAAAAUGGGAACUCCUGCCCAACAUCAGUCCACAAAAUACACCAGAGAACUCACUCAGAGGUAAAACCCUAUAAAUGUAAUGCAUGUGGAAAAUCCUUCUGUCAAAAAGGACAUCUCAUUCAACAUCAGAGAACUCACACAGGAGAGAAACCAUUUGAAUGUAAUGAAUGUGGGAAAACUUUCUCCCAGAAGUCCCACCUCAGUACACAUCAGAGAAUUCACACAGCAGAGAAACCCUAUCAGUGUAAUGAAUGUGGGAAAACUUUUGUCCAGAAGUCAACCCUCCGAGGACAUCAGAGGAUUCACACGGGGGAGAAACCCUAUGAAUGUAGUGAAUGUGGGAAAACUUUUGUUCAGAAGUCAACUCUCAGAGAUCAUCGUAGAAUUCACACAGGGGAGAAGUCCUUUCAGUGUAAUGAAUGUGGGAAAACAUUUGGUCAGAAAUCAAACCUCAGAAUACAUCAGAGAACUCACAGUGGGGAGAAAUCUUAUCAAUGUAAUGAAUGUGAAAAAUCCUUUUGGCGAAAAGACCAUCUGAUUCAACACCAAAAAACUCACACAGGAGAGAAACCAUUUAAAUGUAAUGAAUGUGGGAAAACUUUUGCCCGGACAUCAACCCUAAGAGUACAUCAGAGAAUUCACACAGGGGAGAAGCCAUUUAAAUGUAAUGAUUGUGGAAAAGAAUUUGUCCGGAAAGCAAUCCUUGGUGAUCAUCAGAGAAUUCAUACAGGCGAGAAACCCUUUCAGUGUAAUAAAUGUGGGAAAACUUUUGGGCAGAAGUCAAACCUCAGAAUACAUCAGAGAACUCACAAUGGGGAGAAAUCUUAUGAAUGUAAUGACUGUGGGAAAUACUUUUAA